AUGACCACCGGCGAAACGGCUGGGCUGAUGACCACCGGCGGAGAACAGGGAGCAGGGGUCGAGAGAACCACCGGCGAAGCGGGUGCCGGUCAGACCACCAACGGGGCACAAGGAACAGGAGUCGGCUGGACCACCAUCGGAGCUUGUGCUGGUCGGACCACCGAUGAGGGAACAGGAGUCGAUCGGACCACCGGCGGAGCUGAAUCAACAAUACAAAAAUUAGUUUUGCUGUCCUGUCAUGAAUCAAGCUGUCCAAGGAUACCUGAAAAACCAGAGAUCACCAAAACAAUAUUCAGGGGUCAGAUCUUGGUCGACGGGGCGGCCGUGUUGGAGGCGGCAGUGGAAGCUAACAACGGACGUCUGUAUCUAUUAGAUGGAGUUCUGACUCCGCCCUCCAUCAAACCGGUGCUGCCCCACAGGUGUGACAUCACCGAGACCAAAAUCAUCCAGGGUGAAUGUGUCAGCUGCUCGAAGGUCAAACUGUCUCAGUGCACGUCUGGAGUUCAUACAGGCUUGUCCAUCUUCGGCUGUCAUUACACUCUGUCCAUCGGCCCAUCAGCGGUUAGAAUCCCGGCAACCGGCUGCAGACCUCGCUGCAACGCAACGGUCACGACUCCGGCAUGUUGUAAAGGUUUCUACGGUCCGGACUGCAGUCCCUGUCCAGGUGGAUACCAGACUCCGUGCUCCGGACACGGUCAGUGUUUGGAGGGCCUCGGAGGAAACGGAUCCUGUGUCUGUGAUUCCAACUUCAGCGGCUCUCGCUGUCAGUACUGCUCCUCCUCCAACAAAUGUGGACCAAACUGUGACAGAACCUGUCCCUGUAUCCACGGUCAGUGUGACAACCGCCCCGACUCAGACGGUCGAUGUAAGCUGGACUCCUGUCUGACGGGUUUCACCGGUCGGUUCUGCGAUCGCAGGACGACGGCCUGCGGCGUUCAGGUUCAGUUCUGUCACGCUCAUUCAGACUGCGUCUUCAGCCAGGGAACCACCAGGUGAGUUCACCUGCAUCCAUCACACUCAGGUUUAACACUGAGUCUCGUUUCUUCACUUCGACCCCAAAGAUCCAACUUCUGAUGGAAAGUUUACGGGAAACUUAACCCUCGCUGGUACCAGCUCGACUCGCCUCUACUCGACAUGCGUUUGUUUCCUUAAAUCUGUUUUCCAUUGCAGAUAUAGUACCACCUCAAAGUAGCAGGUCAUCGUAGCGAUGCCGCACACACACACCCCGCCU